UUCGUUAAGUUUCCCCUCUUCAAACGUUAUAACCUCAGUUUAGUUUAUAGAGGUGAAAAGUGUCUCCUGUCGGUAGGAUAUUCAUGAAUUUCCACACAUUUUUGCCUGUUUUGCAUCCCUAGAUAUCCCAGGAGUGGUGCCUGAUAUUUUCAGUAGUCCUGUUGUGCAGUAAAUAGUUUCCGUAUGUUCUGUUGCCUGCGCAAUUGCUUGGGGGAUGCUUUCGCCACUCAAACGGUCACUGUGCGCCCCCGAGAGAAUCCCAUUCACCUGGACACCACACACAUGGGGCAUGAAGUUGUGAUAGUGAAGAACGGGCAGAGGGUUUGUGGUUCCGGAGGUGUCCUGGCCACAGCACCUUUGGUCCAGUCAAAGUCAUACUUUGAAGUGAAGGUGCAGCAGAGUGGUCAUUGGUCUGUUGGCCUGGCCACUCGGAAUACAGAUCUCAACAGGGCCAAGGGAGGCUUAGAUGCAGAAUCCUGGUGCUUGGCAUCAGACAAUAUUGUGUGGCACAAUGACCAGGAAAUACAUCAAUUGCAGGAGAAGUCGAUGGAAAUAAAGGAGCAAGGGCAGGAAGAGACACGGACUCUGCCUACAGAAGGGGACACAAUUGGCGUGGCAUUUGAUCACGUUGAGAUUAACUUCUACCUCAACGGACGGAAUCUUGAGGUUCCUGUGCUCAAUGUUCGAGGAACCGUCUAUCCUGCCCUCUUUGUUGAUGAUGGAGCUGUCCUGGACGUUCUCCUGGAUAACUUCAAUCAUCCACCACCGGCGGGCUUCGAGAAGAUUAUGCUGGAACAGUCACUUCUCUAGUGACCCGGAAGCCUAUUUAACAAUCCGGAACAUCACAUUCUGUCGUGUCACGAGCUUUAACUGUGAAUCUGAGCAUCUCUCCCCAACCAGCCCAGUUACUCUUAAAAGUACUUACAAAUCAUCACAUUCCUCGAAUUUAACCAUUCCCGAUGGAGUUCCUGAAUAAUAUGCACUCCUUCAAGGAAACUAUAAGAUCAUCUCUGUGGUGUUGUUGAUCAAAAUGGGAGAGAAUAAAUAUUUAAGAAAU